UUUGGUGCACGUUGACUCGUUCUAUGCGGAAGCUGUCACCAUGGACGAUUUCAAAUUCGCGACUAUAUUCCUAGUUUUGGGCAUUACUAUAAGUGUCAUCGUGCCUGUUCAGUCUUAUGGGUUUUUCCAGCCCCAAUAUUUUCAACUUCCGGUACUGCAACAACCAUAUAGUCCUUACCCACAGUAUGACAUCUACAGGGUGAAUCAUGAUCCCAAAAGUAUUCCGAGCCCUGCUUAUCAACCUGCGUAUCCAAUAAAUCGAAGAACACAAGUGCCAAUAGUUUAUAAUUACUAUGGAACACCCGUCUACGAUUUUAGAUCUGCAAAUCCGUUCUAUCCUGGAGGAAGACCAAUAUUUCCACCUCCUCCUCCGCCUCUUGGACCAUAUGGGCCAUAUGAUCCAUUUUCACCAGAAAAUCCAGAAAAAGGUGAGGAUGAUGGUAUUGAAAAACUCGAGAAACAUGAAGCUGAUAAGAAAAAAAAUAAAAAAACACAAAAACCAAAAGAUAGUGGAGAUGCCACAGAACCUGUUGAAGACACCACUGAACCUAUUGAAACUACCACUGAACCUAGCGAUGAAUCCAUAACCGUGGAUGCAUUACCAGAAUAAUUUUGUAAAAUAACAAUCAGUUUUAAAAUCUACGGAAUGUAUUAUGUGUUAAAAAAUCAAAUUUUUUGCUCAUUCUUAGAAAUAGUCUCGUCUUAAUUUAAAUAUAUGUAUGUAUAAUGUAUAUACACCAAAAAAAACUUGGCAUAAAAUAUGACUGAU